CUUAUAGUUCAUGGAUAAUAUAUUUCUUUCUCGAUAUAUGUUUUCUAAAAAAAUUUCUCAGCCUUUAUAAAUGGAGUGAGACUCCACCCACUGUUGACCUACUUUCGAUUACAACCUCUGCUUUUGUGCACUUUGAGUACGCAAUGGAGGGCAUCGAGCACAGAACACUGAGGGUAAAUGGAAUCGACAUGCAUAUUGCCGAAAAGGGCGAAGGCCCAACAAUCCUCUUCCUUCAUGGCUUCCCUGAGCUCUGGUACACAUGGCGCCACCAGAUCCAAUCGUUGGCCGCCCUAGGCUACCACUGCGUCGCCCCUGACCUCCGUGGAUACGGCAACACUGAUGCUCCGCCGUCUCCAACCAGCUAUACCUGUCUCCAUGUGGUGGGUGACCUGGUGGCUCUCAUAGAAUCGCUCGGUGGAAAACCGGUCUACCUGGUGGCGCAUGACUGGGGUGCAAUGAUCGGGUGGUACCUUUGCAUGUUUAGGCCUGACAAGGUGAAGGCGUAUGCCUGCAUGUCUGUACCAUACCGGCCUCGUAACCCCAAGAUGAAGCCCAUUGAAACCAUGAGAGCUUUCUUUGGUGAAGAUUACUACAUGUGCAGGUUUCAGGAAUCUGGAGUAAUCGAAGCAGAGUUAAAAAGCUAUGAAACAGGGGAAUUGCUUAAGAAAAUUCUAACUGAUAGGAAACCAGGACCACCUUGUUUGCCUAAAUCGGAUCCAUUCCAACUCAAAGGAUUGAAUGCUCCACUGCCAUUACCAACUUGGUUAUCUGAAGAGGACCUUAAGUAUAACGUUGAAAUAUUUGAUCAAACGGGCUUCACAGGAGCAUUUAACUAUUACCGUGCUUUGGAUCUGAAUUGGGAGCUUACGGCAGCAUGGAGUGGAGUACAAGUGAAUGUACCAGUGAUAUAUGUAGUAGGAGAUGAAGAUAUGGUGUACACAACACCAGGGUUAAAAGAGUACGUUCAUGGUGGUGGGUUUAAGAAAGAUGUGCCAUUGCUCGAAGAAGUUGUGGUAAUGGAAGGUAGGAUUGCAAAGAUGUUGUCAGGAAGCAUCCUAGGCCGUUCAAAUGGGGCACAAGUUCUUACACUCAGUCUUGAAUAUGCUGGAUGUAAGAAGUAUAUUUGGUGAUUCUCAUGUUGACUUGUAUAGUUUCAUUUAUGGGAGAUUGACGAAGAGAUUCUAGGAACUUCUUGAUCAGAACAAAACCCAC